GCCCCGGCCAGCCGUUCUCCCACGGCCUAGCGUCUCGGCGCCGGCGGUCAGCGGGGCAGGGGGUCCGUCGGCACGGGGGCGGGUCGGCCGCCUGCACGGACUCUUUAGGGUCCAGACACCCUCGCUGCAGCCCGGAGAGGGGACACGAACCCGCGCCGCUUGGCUUUUAGGCCACCUCGGGGUCGUCCCAAGCAUUUCCCCCAACACGAGCAUCUCGCGACCCCCGCCCAUCCCCUCCCGGGCUCGCCGGCCUCGGCGGUCCACCCCCAGCCGCGUCCACCCGCAGCUUCGGCCCUCGACCCCAAGCCUCGCCCCCGAUGAGCCCCGCGGGGGGCUUCUUUGGCGUCUACCUCCUCUACUGCCUGAACCCUCGGCACCCGGGCCGCGUCUACGUGGGCUUCACGGUCAACCCAGCCCGUCGCGUGCAGCAGCACAACGGGGGCCGCAAGAAAGGCGGGGCCUGGCGGACGAGCGGGCGCGGGCCCUGGGAGAUGGUGCUCAUCGUGCACGGCUUCCCUUCAGCAGUGGCCGCCCUUCGGUUCGAGUGGGCCUGGCAGCACCCGCACGCCUCGCGCCGCCUGGCACAUGUGGGUCCCCGGCAGCGCGGUGAGGUCCCCUUCGCCUUCCACCUGCGCGUGCUGGCGCACAUGCUGCGCGCGCCACCCUGGGCGCGCCUCCCGCUCACGCUGCGCUGGCUGCGCCCCGACUUCCGCCGGGAGCUGUGUCCACAGCCGCCGCCGCACGUGCCGCUGGCCUUCGGGCCUCCGCCCCCGAGGCGCCGCGCCGCACCCACCACCCACCCGGCCCGGGACCCGGACUCCGAGGCCCGCUGCAGUCUGUGUGCACGUGAGCUCCAGGAUGAAGAGGGGCCCCUGUGCUGCCCGCACCCUGACUGCCCACUCCGAGCCCACAUGAUCUGCCUGGCAGAGUCGUUCCUGCGGGAGGAGCCAAGGCAGCUUCUGCCCCUGGAGGGCGAGUGUCCCGGCUGCAAGAACUCGGUGCUGUGGGGAGAUCUGAUCUGGCUGAGCGGCAUGGGCGUCCAGGAAGCAGAGGAUGAUGUGGAAUUCAAGGAGGCACACUGGACAGACAUGCUGGAGACUGACCCCUCCCCCCCGCACCUGACUCCCCCUUAGACCUGCCCCUAUUUCCCCUCUGGACUUGAUCCCCCUGCCCCUAGACCUGCCUCUCUGCCCCCCAGCCCUGCCCCUGGCCUUAGGCCCGACCUACCCUCUUCCCACCCCUUUUCUCUGCCAUCCCUGCCCGUCUGAGGGGU